AUGACGUUACACACUCACUCUCGGUCCCCAGCGCAACGUCUCCUCCUCGCGUCCUCCCCCUCCUCGUCGUCGUCCCUUCCUUCCCCUCAAUCGGUCUAUCUCUCCCAGUCCACUUCUCCCAGCACUCACUCUCGUCGCGAUUCAUCCUCUCUUCCUCCUCUCAUCCUGUCGGUUCCGGCGCUUCUCCCGUCUUCCUCCUCGGCCCUACUCCCCGGUCCUUCCCUCCUCGUGACUCUCUCUCGAGCAGUCCUCUCGUCCUCUCCUCAACUCUCUUACCUCCCGGUCACCCUCUCCUCCACUCCCUACUCUCUCAUACCUCUCUCCUCUCCAUCGAUCGCUUACUCCCAAGUCUCUUCCUCCACUCGCCCUCUCCAUCUCACCUCCUCUCAUUCUUCCUCUUCUCCGACAUCCACCUGUCUCCCCCGCCGUCACUCUCUCAACAACUACAGGGGUAACCGUGCUCUCACCUCUCCCCACAGCUUCCUCUCGGCCUCCCCUCCCGCUCCGGCCAUGACCAAGCCGUCUAUCCGUCUCCCAUCCUACUCUCAUCCAUCUCCUCCAUCUCUCUCUGAUACUCACCUGACCUCCACCUCCAAUCUCCCCUCGCCCCUCUCGACUCCGCUCGCUCGUCUCACACCCUCCUCUUCUCUCUAUCUCUCUCUCAAUCUCCCUCCAUCUCUCCGUCCAGGACCAUCAUUCCCUCGCUCCUUCUUCUCCCCGCCGAUUCUCCCCGUCGCUCAUUCCCCACGACUAUCCUCGUCUCUCCCUCGCCUCCUCCGACUCUCUCCCCGAACCUUUCUCCCGUUCGCCGCCCAUCCUUUCCCUCUCUCUUUCUCUUCCCUCACCUCCUUCCAGCCUUCAUUCUGCUCUCCUCUCGAAUUCUCUCAUCCUCAUCAAACAUCUCGACACGUCUACUCUCCCUCAUCCCGCCCCCAGUAUCUCUUCUGUCUCCUCUCCUAUCUCCCCCUCUCCUGUCCCAUCUCCCCCCCUCUCCUCCGCUCCCCUCCUCAUCAUUACUUCUCUCCAUUCGUCUCCUCUCUCCUCUCCUCCGGCCUCCCUCUCAUCUACUUCUCCAAUCCUCGGCGGCACUUUCUCCUCUCUUCCUCUCCUCCUCCUCUCGCCGCCAACCCCUCUCACCUCUCCCGUCCCUCCCGUUCCUCUCCCGCGCUCCCUGGUUCACAAUACUCCCUCACUCCGCACAUCCUCGUUCAGCUUUCUCAUCUCUCCCCCUCUCACUCGUGCCCUCCCGACCGCAACUCUCAUCUACUCUCUCUCCUUCGCUCCUCGCCUGUCUCUCCCUCCGCCUCUCUCUUACUCCCUUUCGACUCUCAUCCACACCCGUCGCGUAGUCUCUCUCUCAGUCCACGUCGACUUCCGACCCCGCCUCUCUUCUCUCUCGACGCACCUCUCCUCCCCUCAUCCGGGCUCCCAUCACUCCACCCACUCUCUACGCCUCCUCAGGCGGUCUCGCCCCGCCUCGCCUCCUCCCCCUCCACCCUCUCUCACUUACUCUCUCCUCCUCUUACACUUCAUCACUUCUCCCCCCGUCGCCCCCCUCUCCUCACCCUCCUCCUCCGGUUCUCCUCCUCUUCUUCUCACUACUCGCUUCCCUCCAUCCUUCCUUCACUCAUCCACACGCUCGACCUCUCGUCUUCCUCUCAUCCUAUUCUCUUGAAGCCAUCGUCUCACUUCUCGUCUCAUCACUCCUCCCUCUCUACCGUAUCCGCUCCGCUCUCUGUCUGUCACUCUCACUUCGUGCGCUCCUUCUCCUCCCCCUCCGGGUCCGUGCUCGUCGCGCUCUCUCCUCUUCCCUCUCCCUCGUUCUCUCAACCUCCUCCUCCUCUCAAGCUCCUUCAUCUCCUCUCGCCUACGUCUUCUCGCUCCUCCUCUCUCCUUCCCUCUCCUCUCAGAACCUCCACGUCGCCAUCUGAACUCACCUCACCUCGCAUUCUACCUCUCAUCCCGCUUACCCAUCACUCACGUCGUCGCUCACCUCCUCCGCAUCGCCACCCAGUCUACGUGCCGCUAUCCUCCCUAAAAUCACGACGGCUCGUCGCGCGCCUCCCGCCGCCAAUUGAUGCUCUCUCCCUCUGCUACCCUCUUCGACACCUCUUCCUCCACAACCCUCCCCCUCCACCGUCUCUCUCCCCCCACCCUUCUAACUCUCAUCCCCUUCCCGUUAUCCCUCUCUACUCGCAGCAUUCUGAUACUCCGCAAUUCUCCCCGAAACAACUCGCUACCCUCCACUCUCCAUCAGGCUCGGUCUAUGCCCUCUCGCUCCCACUCAAUGCCUUCAUCUCUUCAUCCCCCCUCCCUCAUUCUCUCCUCCUCCCAUCGUGCUUCGCCUUCCUUCUCUCUCUCCCACUCCCACCAUCUCCAGGCAUCUCUCGCCUCCUCAACUCUUCUCCCUGGCAUCCGCCACAACAUAACAUCCCUCUGCGUCUCCGACGAUUACAUCACCCCUCUUCAUCCACUAAAGUCUCAUUCUCCUCACUCACCCAACCCUCUUCCCGACCGUCGAUUCCCCUCUGCAACUCCCCUCCUCUCCUUCCGACUCUACUCAUCCCCUCCAAUCCUCCCGACUCCUCUCACCUACUCAUCUGUCCAUCCAGCAUCUCUACUCAAACUCGGCUCAGCAACUCCCACGUCACAUGGGCUCAUCAUCCCCGCCGCGCUCAGCACAUCCUAUCGCGACUCCCCCCUUCACAGUCUUCCUGUGUUCUCUCCUUCCGUCCUCUCCCCGUCUUCGCAUCGCUCGAUCCCUCGGCUCGUCUCAUCCCACUUCAAUCCCCCCUCCCCUCCUCCCAUCCCCCCUUCCUCCUACUCGCGUCCGAGUCUCCUCAGCCUUUCGCUCCCUAUAUCUGCACCAUCUCCGUCUCGGUUCUUCUCCCACCCUCGGAACGAACUCAAGACAUCAGGCCAUCCACCGUCCACUUCAACGAGAGUCCCGCUCCUUCCCCCCGACCUCUCACCCUACAUCCUCGGGUCCCGUCGCCUCACUCACUCUCUCCCUCGUCAUCUCGUCACGCUCCCUCCUCCCUCGCGGCUCGGUCUCCUCUCCUAACUCUCCGAACGUCCACUCCCAACUCGUCCCCCCGUCUCUCGUCCUCUUCUCACCCCGCCUCCGGCGACACGUCCACGCGACUCACAUCGCCCCCAAUUCCGCCCCGUCUCUCACUACACCGUCCCUGUCCCCCUCGAUCACCGCCCAAUAAAAAACCCGACUGGCAUUGUUCUCCUCAUCCCAUCGCUUCCUCGUCGGGCCUCUCCCGCACUCGUCCUCCCCUCCUCGCCUCCUCACUCAUCCCUCGUCUCAUUCUCGUGUCUUCCGUCCUCUCUCCUUCAUCCGCGACUCCUCGGCUCUCGUUCAUGGACGUCAACCCGCCCUCGAGCUCACCAAACCGUCGACUCUCUCCCCCCAUCUCCUGUCCAUUCUCUCCGUCGCCCAUCUCUCGUUUCCAACUCCUCCUCGUUCCUCCCAUGAGCUCGCCGCUCAUUCCUGACGUCCAUCCGAUCGCAUCCUCACCUCCGAGUCUCUCAGCCUACGCCAUCCUUCCCCAACCGACAGACUCAAGUCGAACCUACAUCGAACCGAACUCCCUCGACUUCACUACGUCCUCUCCGUCCACUCGUAGCCUCGGUCUUCCACAAUCUCCUCUAACUAUCAUCGUCGCUCCAUCAUCGCUCCGUCCACCUCCGCGAUCCGUCCUUCUCCCCCCCUUCGCCACAGAGCCCUGCUCUCGAUCUCCCUCCCUCGCCUCGUCGCUCUCCCUCCGUCCUCCACACAUCUCUAUCAAUGUCCACUCCCCCCACAAGGUCUUCGCCCUCAAUCUAUUCCGACUCAACUCUCUUACCUCUCACCCAGGUUCUCUCUUCUCCUCCACGUUCACUCACUCGACCACUACCUACACCAACAAAUCUGCGCCAACCGUUCUCAAUCCUUCCCGAAAUUCAAUCCCCUCACCCCUCUCGGUCCACCCACACGUCACGCUCAUCUCCUCCCUCGUCACUCUCGCCCAACCACAUCCGAACUCCCGCAUCCUCCUCCCCCAUUCUCCCUCCAUCGGUCUAUCUCCACACUUCAAAAGUACAAUCACACGACAAUCCUCAACGUCACCUCGAUACCGUCUCCUCUCAAGGCUUCUCGUCGCUCCCUCUCUCCUAACACUCGUCCUUCAACCGGCUCCAUCUCAUCCUAUCGCAACUCGCUGUCGUCCGCACGUCUCGCGUCCUUCCACCCUCGCUAUCUCGACGCUCCACCAGCUCACGCCUCCACUCAUCUCGCUCCCUCUCCAAUCCUUCCUCUCCUCUCCUCCUCCUACCUCACUCAAAAUUCCCCCUCUCUCUACCAUACAUACUGUUCUCCCCUCAGUUCUCCCAAUCUACCUUCCCCUCCGAACUCAGCAUCCAUCACUCCCUGCUCUCCCCUCUCGUACUCAUCUCUUUCCUCUCACCCAUCGCUGCAGAACUCUCCCCCCCAUUCUCCUCAUCCUAUGCGUCCUCUCCUUCUCUCUGCCGCCGGCCCUCCCCUUCGUCUCUCCCUCACUCGAAUAUCGUCCCACAGUCCAUCUUCCCUCCCCUCCUCACAAUACUUCCACUUCCGGCGCUCAUCCUGCUCACCCGCCCUCAGCCGUCCCCUCCUACUUCCUCUCUCUCUCAACUCGUCCGUCGUCCAGAUAUCACCCCUUCCUCUCACAGUCUUCCGCUCCUCAACCUCCGCCCCUCCAUCUUGCCACGGGUCUCAUUCAUCCUCCUUCGCCGCACCCUCCGCCAACUUCCGUCCUCCUCUCCCAACCACUCAAGAUCGUCUCGGUUCGUCGAUCUUCCAACUCACUCAUUCCCUCUCCUCCGCCACUUCCUCCCCCCCCAAUCCGUCAAUCCUCCCCGGGGCGUCUCGCGUGGGAUCGCCCCCCCCCCGUCGCCUCUCACUCUUUCUCCGAUCCCACAUCCUCACUUCUUCCCUCACCACGCUCCUGCCAUCCGGGUAUAGCCCAACAUUCCCAUCACAUCGCGAUCCUCAACGUCGCACGCGCGCGCUCAUCCCCCACUCAACAUCCAUCCCCAUCCCACACCUCCCAUCUCCCCAUUCUUUUCUCCGUGUCCCAGCACUCGUCCCAUAAUUCACUACUCCGCUCCGUCACGUACUCCUCCCUCCCUCCUUGCCGUCCCCUUCCCUCUAACCACCGUCUCCGUCCCUCCCCCACUCCCCUCCCUCCUUCUCCAAUCACUCUUCUCCUCCACGACAUUCAGAAUCUCAGACUUUCAUACCGUCCCUCCCUUCUACCUCUACUCACUCCGCCUCUCACGGUCCACAGACACCUCUCCAUCCCCUCCUCCACUUCACUCUCCACUUCUGAUCACUCCCUCAAACCCAACUCUACUCCUCUCCCUCCCCCAUCCGAUCAAAUGCUCGUCCGUCACCAAGGUUCAAGAGAGCUUCUCGACACGCCCAACUCACGAUAG